AUGUUUUUUCUCACAAUUCUGCUGUUUUCCUACUCUCAAAUGUCUCAACAGAUACAGAAAACUACUGCAAAUGGCAAAGAGAUGGUGUCCAAUCCCAAGCUGGAAGUGGUUCAGGGGACUUUGAAUGUGAUGAUGAAGCAGAAUGUGACCGUCUCCUGCCUCUCUGAGCCUGGAUCUCCACCUGUCAGAUACACACUGUUCAAGCACAACCAGCAGGUAUCUGCUUUAAACAGGUCAGACUUGAGCCCUGCACUGUUCACCCUGACCAUCAGCUCUGCCAGCGAUGUGGGGGAAUACAAGUGCAAAGCUGAGUAUAACAACUCCAGUGGUGGAAAAUACAGCAACAGCCUCAACUUCACCCUCUUAGAGCCAAUUUCCAAGCCAGUGCUGAGCUCACCCACCUCUCAGGCAAAGAAAGGCCAGAACGUGACCCUGUCCUGUUUCUCGGAGAACGGAUCCCUUCCCAUCACGUAUCUAUUCUUCAAAGGAACACAAAACAUUUCUCCCCAAAAGACAAUGCAGAAGAGGAAAGCAGCUGUGAUUUUUCUAUUUAUCAAUUCCCUUAGUGACUUUGGAACCUAUAAAUGCAAAGCUAAUAACAGUUUUCCCAAUAUUACAAAAUACAGCAACGCUUUCAACUUUACAUUAGCAGAAGAGAGAAGCCAUUCUCAGCCCCUGAUAAUUUCUCUUGGGCUGAUCCUGCUACUACUUAUAAUAGGACUUGCUCUGGCAAUUCCAUUUUUCCUAAUUCCUUUGUAUAAAGCAAAAAAAUUUAAGUCUACCAGGCCCUCAAUUGGCCUUACUUCAACAGUGAAUGCAGAGGAGUGUGAAAAUGAAGUCAUAUACUCGGAGAUUGAGCCUGUUAGACCAGAAGAAGAAUACAUCAACUUCUCCGUUAUUAGAAGGGAAGAGGAAAAAGGCAACCUGGAAGACCCAGAUUUGACAGAAAACAGAUGCAACACCAAGUUUUAG